AUCACAUGACCCAUCCACUACAUGAAGCCGGAAUUAACCUGCAGGGCUGACUGGGUACCUAUAGCUACAGCGGGCGCCUGCAUCGUUGUUAUUAUUUAGAGGAUCCUUUCUCCUUCAGGCACUCUGGAACCCUCGCAGUUUUCUCCUCCUCCGGUGACGCUGAGGUGAUGGAGUUUUCAAGUCCUUCCAGAGAGGAAUGCUGCAAACAGCUGAGGAGGGUAAGCAUCAUGGCUGCCAGCCUCACAGGAUUGCUUCUACUUCAGGCAGUGCCGUGGGCAUCAGGUGCCCGGCCCUGCAUCCCCAAAAGCUUUGGCUACAGCUCAGUGGUCUGUGUCUGCAAUGCCACAUACUGUGACUCUCUUGACCCCCUGACCUUUCCUGCCCUUGGCACCUUCAGCCGCUAUGAGAGUACACGCAGUGGACGUCGGAUGGAGCUGAGUACAGGGGCCAUCCAGGCCAAUCGUACGGGCACAGGGCUGCUACUGACCCUGCAACCAGAGCAGAAGUUCCAGAAAGUGAAGGGAUUUGGAGGGGCCAUGACAGAUGCUGCUGCUCUUAACAUCCUUGCCCUGUCACCCCCUGCCCAGGAUUUGCUACUUAAGUCAUAUUUCUCUGAAGAAGGAAUCGAGUAUAACAUCAUCCGGGUACCCAUGGCCAGCUGCGACUUCUCUAUCCGCAUCUACACCUAUGCUGAUACCCCUAAUGACUUCCAGAUGCUUAACUUUAGCCUCCCAGAGGAAGACACCAAGCUCAAGAUACCCCUGAUUCACCGAGCCCUGCAGUUGUCCUCGCGCCCUGUCUCUCUCUUUGCCAGCCCCUGGACGUCACCCACUUGGCUCAAGACCAAUGGAGCAGUGAAUGGGAAGGGGUCACUCAAGGGUCAGCCGGGGGAUGACUACCACCAGGCCUGGGCCAAAUACUUUGUCAAGUUCCUGGAUGCUUACGCGGAGUACAAGUUACGGUUCUGGGCAGUGACAGCCGAAAAUGAGCCUUCCGCAGGGCUGAUUACUGGGUACCCCUUCCAGUGCCUGGGCUUCACCCCUGAACAUCAGCGAGACUUCAUUGCCCGAGACCUGGGUCCUACCCUCGCCAACAGUACUCACCGGGACGUCCUCCUGCUCAUGUUGGAUGACCAGCGCUUGCUGCUGCCCCACUGGGCACAGGUGGUGUUAUCAGACCCAGAGGCAGCUAAGUAUGUCCAUGGCAUCGCUAUCCACUGGUACCUGGACUUUCUGGCUCCAGCAGACGCUACCCUGGGGAAGACACACCGCCUGUUCCCCAACACCACGCUCUUUGCCUCGGAGGCCUGUGUGGGCUCCAAGUUCUGGGAGCAGAGCGUGCGGCUGGGCUCCUGGGACCGAGGGAUGCAGUACAGUCACAGCAUCAUCACGAACCUUCUGUACCAUGUAACCGGCUGGACCGACUGGAACCUUGCCCUGAACCCUGAAGGAGGACCCAACUGGGUGCGCAACUUUGUGGACAGCCCUAUCAUUGUAGAUAUCACCAAGGACACAUUCUACAAACAACCCAUGUUCUAUCACCUUGGCCACUUCAGCAAGUUCAUUCCUGAGGGCUCCCAGAGAGUGGGGCUGGUGGCCAGUGAGAAAAACAGCCUGGAGACAGUGGCGCUGAUGCAUCCCGAUGGCUCUGCAGUGGUGGUCGUGCUAAAUCGCUCCUCCAAGGAUGUGCCUCUUACCAUCAAGGAUCCUGCUGUGGGCUUCCUGGAGACUAUCUCACCUGGCUACUCUAUUCACACCUACCUGUGGCGUCGCCAGUGAUGGAGCAGAUGUCCAAGGAGGCACCUGGGCUCAGCAUGCACAUUAAAGGGACAGAGUCAGCUCACAUGCUGUCUGUGGCUAAAGAGGGCACAGUAGGGCCAGGACAAGCUUACAGUGACGUAAGCCUGGGAGCAGUGGUUUGGGUGACUCACUCUCCCCUUUAGUUGGUGCCAGAGGCUAGAGGCCCCUAGGGAAAGAUCAAAAAGCCUUGGUGUCCCCCACCCCCCAUGCUUGUGUGAAUGUGUGCUAUGUGCUGGCUGCCUGUGGAAACUGGGCCCGGGCCCAGGGUGAGCUCACUGUCUGUACAAAUACAAGAUGGGGGGUAAGGGGGAGUAAGGAAAGAAAGAGACUAGGAAAGCUGGACCUAGAACUGAGACUAUUUGUCUUUCCUGGAGAUGCAGAACAGGGCCAGCGCAGAAGCAGUGUCAGCCCUAGGGCAGAUGCAGCAAAAGAAGCCAAGCCCAUGGGUAGGCUCGAGCAGAUGGCUCCCAUGGUACCAGCCAAAGAAAAAUGGCAGCCCUUUAAAGGAGAGUGUUUGAUCCCA